AGUGACGGAGCUGAGUGGGACCGAGUGAAAACAGUUUAGUUCUUUCAGUGUUUGUGUGGAGUGAUUGUAAGUAGACAGAACAGUGAGGGAGGCUUUCAGCCGUCAGUAAAGUUAACAAAGCAAAGUCUUCUCCUUAUUUAGCUCUCAUUGUGCGUCCUUAUGAAUGAGUGAGUGUCAAAGAGAGAGAACGUCAGCUGGACGAGACGCGACUGUUGUUUAUGCAUUUGUGAAUUAGGGAGUGGGACGGAAAUAGAGAUAGAUAUAGGGAGUGGAGACAGCGAAGCAGAGAGGUGCUUGUAAUUGUUUUCAUUUUUCUCUAAUGACCGCCGUGCCUCGAGGAGGAACGGAAACACCGAUCGGCUGUCAGUCUCAGCUCACACACUGCAGAGGGAACGACUCCUCUGGAGGCACGCGUGCUUGUUUGCACCUGUUGAGCGUAUCUAUUCACGUCCAGCAGUCAUGGCUGUGUGAGAGGGUAUCCGCGUCUAUCAGGGAUCUUCCUACCUUCUAGGAGAGAGAUGUCAUCGCUCUAUUCACGCAGCAAGGACCUUUCCUCUCGCUCCAGAAAGUCCCUAUCGGACUCGCCGCCCUCCUCUCCGUCCCCCAGCACCAAAACCUUCAGACAAGACCGGGCGUCAAGCAGGUCAGACUCUAGUGGUGUUGAGUCUCCGUCAGACAGACUGUCAGCCCGGACCAGCACAUACACACGCAGAGAGAACAGACUCUCCUCUCUCAGCAAAACAGAGGACGACACAACCAGCAAAGACUAUAAGAAGCUGUAUGAGGACGCACUGGCUGAGAAUGAGAAGCUGAAGUCUCGACUGGAUGACAGCAAGCAGGAGCUCACCAAAAUCCGCUUGCAGCUUGACAGAGUCGCACAGAAGCAGGACAGAAUAUCAGAGAGGUCCACUGUAUUUGAAUCAGAGAAAAGGGAAAAAGAAGCUUUGGAGAAGAGGGUUUCGGACAUGGAAGAAGAAUUAAAGACGCCCUCAGUGAGGUUUCGCUACCAGCCCUGAGUUCAUCCUCAGCUGGACUGGGUGAAAGAGGGGCAGAUGGUUUUGACAGAACUCAAGUCCGAUAACCAGCGGCUGAAAGAUGAGAAUGGAGCCUUAAUCAGAGUCAUCAGCAAACUUUCCAAGUGAGGACGACCGGUUGAAGAAGAGGAGAAACACUGAACACAGAGAGAGACCAGAUUUGAGAACUUCACAUUGACUUCAUACUGACCAUUGUCAUGCUGAGUAAUGGAUUGUAUUCACUCUCAAGCUCUUGGUGCAUCAGCUCCAGGGUUAAAGAGUUUGGCUCACCCCAAAAAUUUAAUUUUGUCAUAGUUUAUUCACUCUAGUCACUCAUGUUGUUACAAGCGGUAUGGCUUACUUUCUUCUGUGGAACACAAGAUAAGACAGUUUGAGAAAUAUGUGAGGGAUCAUACAAAAGGCAUGUUGUUGUUUAUUUAGUACUGACCUGAAUAAGUUGUUUUACAUAAAAGAUGUUUACAUAUAGUCCAUAAGAGAAAAUAAUAGUCACAUUUAUAAAAAUGACCCUGUUCAAAGGUUUAUGCUUGAUUCUUAAUACCGUGUUGUUACCUGAAUGAUCAACAGCUGUGUUUUUUUUUUUUUGUUUGUUUAUUUAGUAAUAGUUGUUCAUGAGUCCCUUGUUUGUCCUGAACAGUUAAACUGCCCGCUGUUCUUCAGAAAAAUCCUUCAGGUCCCACAAAUUCUUUGGUUUUCCAGCAUUUUUGUGUAUUUGAACCCUUUCCAGUUGAGCGGGAGGUGGAAACUUUUUGAAUUUGAAGAUCAGGGUAAAUUUAACUUAUUUUGUUUUCUGGACAACAUGUAAAUAUCUUCUGUAGCCUCUGAAGGGCAGUACUAAGUGAACAAAUAUGAUAUUUAGGCAAAAUAAGAAAAAUGUACACAUCUUCAUUCUGUUUAAAAGUUUUCACUCUCCGGCUCUUAAUGCAUUGUGUUUCCUUCUGGAGCAUCAGUGAGUGUUUGAACCUUCCGUAAUAGUCACAUAUGAGUCCCUAAGUUGUCCUUAGUGUGAAAAUAUGGAUCUCAAAAUAAUACAGUCAUUGUUGGAAAGGGUUCAAGUAAAAAAAAAAUAAUGCUGGAAAACCAAAGAAUUUGUGAGACCUGAAGGAUUUUUCUGAAGAACAGCAGGCACUUUUAACCUCAACUGUAUAAUUAUGUUUUGUUACCAACAUGCUUCAAAAAUCUUUUGUGUUCCACAGAAGACAGUAAGUACCCACCAUCUUACAAAAUACAGCUAAAACUUGCUUAAGGUGGUAUUUAGGUUGGUUUUAGCUGGUUUAGGUGGUUGACUGGCAGGACUACCAGCUAGGGGAGCUAAGGUCAAACAUCCUUAUUGACCUGGUUAGAGUUAAUAGUUCUUUUUUGCUGGUGAGGACCUGGCUGAGUUGGUUACCAGUGUUCCCAAACAUAACUUAAACUAGUUCACUGGUGUUGACCUGGUGUUUGCAGUAGGGUAAAGAGUGUUGGUUUCUUCUGCAAAAACAUCCAGUCGAUUGAUUAUUUUCUCAGUGUUAGCCCUUUCUAAACUCUAAAUGUUGCAGGAUCAGUGUAGAAGAUGUUGAAAUCCCUGCUAAGAAAAGACCAGAAUGAAUAUCCACACUGCCACUGGCUGGUUUAAAAGUCAUAAAAAAAAAAGUUUUUCUACUGGCGUCUAUAGUUCCAUAAACCUUUAACAUCAAUGGAACCUUUCCAUUCCACAAAAUGUUCUUUACUGUAAAAAAGAUUCUUUAAAAAGAUUCUUUUGAAAACUGUUCACUGAAAGGUUCCAAAAUGGAACCAAAAAUGGUUCUUCAAUGGCAUCACUGCAAAAACACUCUUUUGGAAGCUUUAUUUUAAAAAGUGUAAGGAAAAACAACGAUUCCUUUAAGAAAUGUUCAUUGAAACUGUUCAUGUUUGGUGUGAAAACCCCUUUUUGGAACCAGAUUGCUGCUAGUCUAGCUGUGGAACCAGCAUAAACAUACUCUUGACCAGCAAAUUUUAGUUUGUGAUGCUGGUCUACUAGAUUUCUGAUGAAGCUGGUUGACUAAUAGAGUCUCGAUUGUUAGGAAACCUUGUGGGAACACCAGCAUAUUAUGAAUAGCCAGCCAAACCACAGCACUGGUCACCAAGCGCUCUAGUCUUUUAAGCAGGGGAAAGCUGUACAAACUGCCAUUCCUUUAAAUAGCAUUUGAUCAUCAAUCAAAUCGAAUUAUCCUGAAGCGGUCAGUUGCGCCAGUAUGAUCUUCAGAAGCUCUGCCAGAACAUUCUAAAAAGAAUGUUCCCACUGAGAGAUGAUGUCACUCUCCUCAUAUCAACCCUUUUGUCCGGUUUACUUUUACAGUUGAAGUGUUUAUAUAUGACCUGAUAGGCUAAAGAAUGGAUACGUGGAACCAUUGAAUGUGUUUUAUAUUUAUUUAUGCCUUUUGUUUGUAAUUAAAGAGUAUCUAUAUGGAUAAAUCAGAAACACGUCACACAUAGUAUGCAAUUUCAAAUGCUUUGUGUUUAUUUUCAUUGUCCACAGUUUUUAACCUGUAAUCUUGAACCAAUGCUCACAGCACUUUGUUUAUGAUUGUGUUUGUUGUUUGCCUGUUAUGAGUAUUAAUAAUACACUGUAAAAAAAACAAAAUGUAGUCAAAGUGCCUUUUUAGGUGCAGUGCUGCCCUCUUCCUGCCUGUAUGAUCACAGCAUAUUAAACCCAGUAUCACCGUUUUCAUUGUACACUUCACUGAAAUAUAUUUCUUGUUUUUAAUGUU